AUGGGUAUCGGCAGUCGUCGCCGCCGCGGCCAAGCUGCAGCGUUUGUGGGUGUCAUGGCCUUGCUUUUGUUGUGCUUCAACACCAUUGGCGUGGAGUGGCAAGUGCUGCGAGUCCCCCAGACGUCGGCCCCUACUCCCGCGCUUUCUGGUCCAGCGAUCAUCGGAGUGGUUGCUGCCGUCGGUAGCUUGCGGAACGAAGCCGCGGAGACGGAUCUUCGUGCUUCUCCAUCCAUUCCACCACCCACAACCUCGGCCAUUGCUACUACGCCAGUGCCAAGAAUCACUGUGAUCCCAUCAGUCGUUCCCAUUUUCCCUGUUGAACCGACAUCAACUCGUAACGCAACCAACGUCCUUUCGACCUCUGCCGUUCAAACCACGACAAGUACCGGUACAGCUCCGUCCACAUUUGCGCUGGAAACAAUAGACAACAACAUGACCACACCCGUCCCCCUGUACGAGAGCGUGGCCAUCGUCACCUUCGUCCCCGACGGUCAUGUCAAGUUUAUCGACCAAGCGCAGCACAUGCUGUGGUCAUCAUGGCAGUUUGCCAUUGGGCAAGUGCCCCGCCAACUCCGAGGUCGGACCGACUUGCUCGUCUUUGCUCAUCGAAACGUGGUUGCUCGGCUGCCACCGUCGUGUGUUCGACUCGGUGACCCGUCGCUACUGCCCUCGACCCAAUCGUCUCCCCCCUCCCACGACCGAUGCUACAUCGUCGAGCACACACCAUCGGCAGACGCCUACUGGCACCGGUACAGCUUUAUGUUUAGCUUGUCGUUUCUGGCCGAGCCAGCGUUUCAACCACUGCUUAUGUCGUACGACCGACUGCUGCGCACCGACACGGACGUGGUAAUUACGCCGGCGUUCCUGACGUUCCGACCUCGGCAAUUUGUGGUCGGGCGAGGCGGGUACAUGGUUGAAGAGUACACGAAAUCGCGCAUCCAAGAGCUUGCAAUAGAUCUCCACAUGACCCACCAAGGCCUGUAUAACGUCGGGUCGACCUGGUUUGGCAACACGUCGACAGUACUCAGUAUGGUGCCCAAGAUGCUCGAAGUGGCCAAGUUCAUUCUCGACAGUCCCAAGUAUAACGUUGACCAAGGGUUUCCAAGGUGGCACAUUGGCGUGACCUCCAUGUAUGCCGGGGAAUUGGUCGUGAAUCAUUUUAUACCCAAGGACAACGUGUGGGUCAAUUCUGAGAGUUUGGACAUCAACUGCAACAGCAUUGAAAAGACAAUCAACGUGUACCAUAGCCACUGCUGGCCAGGUGACCAAUACCCUGGCUACUUUAACAAGUGGGAAUUCGAGCGCGGCGAAUACACAGCCCAGCGAUUUCCCCGCGACAAUCUCGACUUGGCAGUUCUCAACGACUACUUUAUGGCCAUGGCACUGUAUGGCAAGUAGUGUAACCUCCACAUUAAUAUUGUACUAUUAAUAGUACAGCUGCAGUGCAUUUGCUGAC